CAGCACUCCGUUGGCGUGACCAUCUCACAGCCGUCAACCUGUGCUGUGACAGAAAUGGUGUGCGAGGCUGGUCUCCUGGUGGUAACGGUGAGCACAAGCAUUGAGGUUGUGGGUGGGUUGUUCUUAUUGGAAGAUUUGCAUUCCAUCAUGGCUGACGUGAUUCAAGAGCUUAUAAAAAAACCACCAUGUCUUUCACCAGAAUCUGUUGCAAGAAAUAACAGGGAAAUGGCUCUUGCAGAAAUGAACGUGCUCUUGGAAAUGCACAACGGUCGAUUUAAGAUAAACAGCGUGGAUGAACUGUCGGGUGAAUACAAAUCGGAAUAUUUUAAGAAGCAUAACAUUUAUCUCUCGGGUCCUCCCAUUCGUCGCAAUCUCAAGUACUCGGAUAUAUGCAUGUUUGAUUCCUCCAAUAAUGUAAUGACCUAUGUUCUUACGUCCCUGCCGCCAAUAUUCUUCAAUUUCCAGCUGAAUGGCGACUAUCCACAAGACCCGAAUUUCGCCUUCUGGAUUGAGUCUGCUUGGCUUCCGUCCACGCUUGUUGAAGUACUUACGGCUAAUUUGUCCAAUGUUAUGACGGCCACUUCUACGGGCGGUUCUCUUGGACUGUGUUGCGAAUACCUUCAGAAUGUUGCUCUCUCCUCUUUGUUUAGUUUGGGUGAUCCCACAUCGCUGGUAAUAAAUGCUCUUGAGUUCUUUGAUCGGCCUGAAGAUCGUUGUCAAUUUGUUGAAACCCUGGUCGACUUUGAAGAGGAAAUGCGAGAUAGAGAAUUCGAACUAGGAGUUUAUGAAUGUCCAAUUUGUUUUGAUGAAUGUGAAGGUACCAGAUGCAUACGCUUGAGGGGUUGUAAUCACAUCUUUUGCAAGGAUUGCGCGGCUAAAUCUAUUGCUGAGAGUGUAAAAAGUGGGGCUAACUCCGGCUCACCACUAUGCGCUUCAUGUGAUAAGGAAAUACAUCCAGUGGAGAUAAGACAGAUUGUUAGUCCUGAAGUCUACGAACAAUACGAGACGAUGCUUCUCAACCGAACACUGAGCUCAAUGAAAAACGUGGUCGAGUGUCCCAAUGCAGAAUGCGGGAAUCCACAUGUCAUGCUGAACGACGACUUCGCAGAAGGUGUAUGCGCACGUUGUAUGUUUCAUUUCUGCGCGAAGUGUCGACAGCACUUUCACCCAGACACUGCUUGUAUAUCUGGACCCCUCACCAACUUAACUCCAGAAGAAGCUCGCGAUUUGGUUGAGCGCUACAAUAACGCCGGUCCGGAUGGCAAAAAUAUGCUUGACACGCAGUACGGCAAACUCAACAUCCUUAAACUUAUCGAUGAGGUAGCUUCAGCUACUUUCAUAGCAGUCCAGUGCAAACCUUGUCCCAAUUGCAAGUCGCCUAUUUUGAAAAAUGGAGGCUGCAACCACAUGACCUGUCGCAGAUGCCAAUACGAGUUUUGUUGGCGCUGCUUUGCUCGGCAUAAAACCUGCGAAUGUUGA